GCCCAUGAAUUUCGAUGUGAAGGGAAUGGGAGAUGAAGGCUUUAAGGACUUCACCUCUCGCCGACUGCUAAAGGUGGCGGAUGAUGUCAGCGAGCUGCUGACAGAGCAACUCCAGCAGGUCUACUGGGAGCUGAUUGGCUUCCAGGAGUUUGGUCACCCAUCCUUCGCAUCGACCAAGUGUCGCCGGGCCAAUCCACAGCGCAUCUCCUUGGAUGACCUGGAUGACUCCGAGGACUUCGAGCCCCAGGAGGCCGAGGAAGCCAACGAGGCCGAGGUCGAGGAGGCCAAGGUUCAGAGGACCCAUACCGACCUGCAGCGGAUGAUGGAAGGCCGCCAACGUCGUCCCAGGAAUUUCAGCGAUGUCAGCCAAGUGAGCCAAGUGAGCUGGGCCGACUCGCGGUCCUCGGACAACUCCAUGGUGGAUGUGAAGCAGGUGGAUGCCAGCUCUGGCAUCAACUCUGGCAUCACCAGCCCAAUGGCCAUGGACUUACAUCGCAUUGAGCUACAUGAACUUUGGAAGCAGGACGACGAGAUGCUGAAGAGCAGGAACACCAGCAAGACGGUGAAGAAGCUCAAAGUGAGGCGCCGUGGGUCCAUGGAGUGGCGAUCUGGGAUGGAGGUCAAGAGCAAAGGCUGCUGGAAGUGGAUCGUCAUGAGGCCAAACAGCCCGCAGUGUUUGUUGUGGGAUGUCUUUUGUGCCAUGGCCAUCAUCCACGAUAUGGUGAUGAUCCCUUUGGUGUCCGCAUUUCCCAUUGAUCGCCGAGAUCCCGUGAUCCGUUCUUUGGAGCUGGUGAGCAGCUUCAUUUGGUUUGCGGAUAUCCCUUUGACCUUCGUGCGCGGAUUCCUGGACACAAGGAGGGGGAUCUUCGAGAUGAGGUUGAGGUUUAUCGCCUUGCACUACGCUAAAGGAUGGCUUUGGAUAGACGCAUCUUUGGCAUCCGUGGAUUUGGUUUCGUACUUGAGCCUUGAUGACGCCAUGGAAGUCUUGACCUUGCUGCGGCUCGUGCGCAAUUUGCGCGUUCUUCGGCUCUUCAAGAUGAUGUCCAGGUUGGCCGUUUUGAGAGAGACGAUGAUGAGCAUUGACUCGCGCCUGGAGUCCGGACCAACGAGCUCGAUCUUUUUGGAGACCUCCCUGGUUGUCGUCAAGCAGUUGGGUGUCAUCGCCCUUCUUUGCCACUUCACCGGAUGUGCCUGGUACACCUUAGGAUCAGCAAUGUCAGGAACCACCUGGGUCGUGGCCCAUGCGGACUGGCGCGCCAUGGAUCUCGGCGUCGACGCUCCGUGGGAGUAUAUGUACAUCACCGCGGUCCAUUGGGCACUGACUCAAUUUACUCCCGCAGCGAUGGAUGUUGUAGCUGUCAACCCGCUUGAGCGGGUCUUCUCUGUGGUGGUCACCUUGGCAGGCCUCAUCGUCUUCAGUUUCUUCCUCGGCACCAUCAACCAAGCCUUGGCCAAGCUCAGAUAUCUCACUGCGCAAGAGAUACAGCAGAAUCAACUGGUGCGACGAUAUGUCAAUGAGAACGGUAUUUCCGUUGGCUUGGCGACAGAGAUCCUGGCUUUCAUCAAGCAACGGGGCCUUGGCAAGGCACAAAGCAAAUUGGUGGCUGGUGACAUCAAGGUCUUGGAGGCGCUUCCUCGACGGGUUCGUGAGAACUUGCUGGAAGAGGUGGCGAUGCCUGUGUUAGAAAGCCAUCCAUUGUUUGAAUUCCUGUCGAAGAUUGCACAUCCUGAAAUGGCUCGGCAAUGCCACAAGGCCAUCAAAGAGAAGAGCGUGAUCCACGGGGAGGAGGUCUUCCAGCCCAACUCCUCAGCCGACAGGAUGUUCUUUGUCCAGAGUGGCAGGCUUAAGUAUCAGCCUGAUAUCUCUCCAUUGGACUCCGAGGACGUCCUUGAGGGGACGCGUGUGGCAGAGGCCACUCUAUGGCUCAAAUGGGAGUACCGAGGGCGUUUGAACUGCGAAGACCAUUCCGCCCACUUCAUGGCCCUGGACGCACCCUUCUUCCGCAAGGCAAUGCUGCUUGGCAGAUAUGACUCAUAUGACUUCUGUGCUGCUUCUCCUGGGAUUCCGAGAGAUGGUGUUGUGCGACCGAGGAACACUGGUUCCGAUCGGUCCGAGGAACAUGAUGGUUCAGCGAGCAAAGAGAACACAUGGUAA